AUGGAUGCCUCUGAAGUUUUGACAGGCAGAAUUCCAAGACCUGGCAGAACAUGGGACCAGCAGAUGGUCAGUCAGGGUUUUUUUUGUUAGUGCUGGGUAUCAUCUUUGUGUUUACCCUUGCCUAAUGCCAAAACUGCUCUGCUUCCUAAUAAUUCGUCCACAAUGCAGAGCAAAUGCGGAGGAACAGUUGGUGCCAUCUUUACAUGUCCCUUAGAGGUAAUAAAGACUAGGCUCCAAUCUUCAAAGCUAGCCUUCCGGGCUGUCUACUACCCACAAGUCCAGCUGGGGACCAUCAGUGGUGAAGGAAUGGUCAGGCCAACAUCUGUAUCACCUGGGCUCUUCAGUGUUCUCAAGUCAAUUCUGGAAAAAGAAGGACCAAGGUCACUCUUCCGAGGGCUGGGUCCAAACUUGGUUGGAGUUGCACCAUCAAGAGCUGUCUAUUUUGCGUGCUACUCCAAAGCCAAAGAGCAAUUUAAUGGCAUUUUUGUGCCCAACAGCAACAUUGUGCACAUCUGUUCUGCAGGUUCUGCAGCCUUUAUCACAAAUUCCCUGAUGAAUCCUGUAUGGAUGGUGAAAACCAGAAUGCAACUGGAACGGAAAGUCCGGGGUUCAAAACCAAUGAAUGCUUUGCAGUGUGCUAGAUAUGUUUACCAGACAGAAGGUAUCCGUGGCUUUUAUAGGGGCCUGACUGCCUCCUAUGCUGGGAUCUCUGAGACCAUUAUCUGCUUUGCUAUAUACGAAAGUUUAAAAAAGCACUUAAAAGAAGUCCAACUGCCCCCUUCUCCUCCUAAGGGGACCGAAAGGAACUCGACAAACUUCUUUGGGCUGAUGUUUGCUGCUGCUGUUUCCAAGGGCUGUGCCUCUUGUAUUGCUUACCCACAUGAGGUCAUACGGACACGGCUGCGAGAAGAAGGCACAAAAUACAAGACUUUCAUUCAGACAGCACGUCUGGUAGCACGUGAAGAAGGCUAUCUUGCCUUCUAUAGAGGACUCUUUGCCCAACUCAUCCGGCAGAUACCAAACACAGCCAUUGUGUUGUCCACCUAUGAGUUAAUUGUGUAUCUGUUAGAAGACCAUGCAAAGUAGCAGAGCCAAGACUCCUGUUACAGACUGUAGACCAAUUUCUUCGUUGAACAAAUAGUCUUUAAGAGACUGCUGCAGGUGGCAGUGCUGGUGGAAAAACUACAAGUCUGUGACCACCUGCUGGAUAUUUCCUUUUGGAUUCAUGCUUUCUGAAAGGUCUCAAGUCAUUAACGUUAAUAGUUAAUUAUAACUUUUUUUAACUUAAUGAUAAUUAAACUGCUACUAAAUUAAAUUACACUAUUUAAUUUAAGUAUAUGUUUGUCCUUUUCCUUAAGCACAGCCAUAUGUGGUCAAGGAAUGUACCUCAUACUAUCAAGUGAUCUCUUGGACUCAUGUUCAUUAAAACUGUAUUAAAACAGGAGAAGAACUGGUUUGGAAA